UUGUGGUAAAAUAUCCAUACCGUUCACAGACAGGAAUUUCUGUUUUGGUCUCUACUGGGGUCUUCAUCCUACCCUUCCACCCGCUUUCCCCCGCCCCUUCCUCCCUCUCUCCUUUGAACAGGCCCUUCCAGCCAAGGCUCUCACCUCUCCCUCCAUCCCGGGUGCGCUCACUCUCCUUUGGGCUGGAAAUAGACCCUGCGCCCGGAAGCGUUCUUUAUAAUAACAAGGGGCAAAACGAUCUGUUAACAAAUCCAUGCAAUUAUAUUCCCAAUUUAAAUUCCACUGGACUACAGAACAGGAUCUGUUGACUUCCAAGUACAUGUUUGACGCAGACCAAUGAGGUUACAGAGGGUGGGGCCAUGGAUGACCACAUCACCAGACUGGCAAUCCACUCCCAGGAGCCGAAAAUUAUACUACACGGAGGAGAUGAUGUCGGUCCAGCCGGGGAGUCUGACAGCUUCGUUGUGGAGCUCCAAGUCUCCUCCUCCCGUGCUGGCUCUGUCGUUGACGACGGUGAUCUCCAUAACGACAGCGUUGUGGAGGAUGACGACAUUGAUCAGUUGGUGAUCCAAGACUCCGCUGAGGACGUAGUCCAGUAUGAUGAAGAUGCGGAGGAUGACGAGGUUGCCAUGGACACCUGUGUGGUGCAGAUGGGGGAGGACGAGGAGGAUGAAGCGGUCGCUGUGGCGCGGGUCGUCAGGGGCAACGGUGAGGGAGAGAGUGAGGGGAGAGAGAUGGCGGAGGAUGAGGAGGGCUGUGGAGACUACCUGAUGAUCUCACUGGAUGAGGCUGGUAAAAUGGUGUCAGGUGAGGAGGAGGGGUCAGCGGUGGUUGCCGCAGACGACAAGAGUGAUGGACAGGAAGUCAUCAAGGUCUACAUCUUCAAGGCAGAUGACACGGGAGAGGACAUGGGUGACACAGAGGUUGUGGGGGAUGAGGAGCCGUCCUCUGGUGAGAAGAUGGUCUACAUGUCUGUUGGGGACAGCAACCACAGUGACUCCAAGCUCUCAGAGGAAGUAUACAUGGAAGUUGUAGUUGGAGGGGAGGAGGCUAAUGUAACCGCCAAUCAUGGUCGCUGCUAUGACAACACUGCCCUUAGCAAAGAGUUCACGCCGGCGACAUGGGCAUCUGCAUACGACUCCCUAGCAGAGCCCCGUAAUGGUGCUGCCAGCGCCUUCCUGCACAUGGAGGACCCGAUGGGAGGAGCUAAUAAAGGCAGCAGAAGGAGAACAGAGCCAAGACAGGUGCAGACCGCCAUCAUCAUCGGGCCGUACGGUCAGCCCCUGACAGUGUACCCCUGCUUCCUGUGUGGAAAGAAGUUCAAGUCCCGUGGGUUUCUACGGCGACACCAGCGGACGCAACAUCAGGAGCUCCUCACCAAGAGCAGGAAGAAGGUACAGCCCAGCACCCCUCCUGACUCGUCGGCAUUGGCGCCAACGUUCAGCUGUGAGACGUGCGGCCAGAGUUUCGCCCAGCAGCCUGCCCUCUUCACACACCGCUUGCAGCACCACCCGCCCGUGGCCCCGCCCAGUCCACCCGGCCCGCCCGCCGACGCCCCUAAAACGCUGCAGUGCAGGUACUGCGCGUUCCGUGCGUCCGACGCUGGCCUGCUGCAGAGGCACCUGCAGGGAGCGCACAACCGCAGCUUCCCACACACCUGUGCCGAGUGCGGCAAGGGCUUCCGCCACCCGUCCGAGAUGCGCAAGCACGCGCGCACGCACACCGGGGAGCGGCCGUUCCGCUGUUCACAGUGCUCUUACAAGGCCGCCGAUGCCUCCAACCUGAAGACGCACAUGAAGAGCAAACAUGGCAGCCAAGAGCCGCCCUUCAGAUGUGAGCAAUGCAGUCAGACGUUUGCUGAGGAGGACGAGUUGAGUAGCCACGUCUCCCUGUCGCACCCGUCGGCAGAGCCCAGUCGAGGUCCAGUUACCUCAACGCCAGCGGUGACAGUCCCGCAUCAGUGCCCGCACUGUGACCACCGCAGCUCCAACUCCAGUGACCUCAAGCGCCACGUCAUCUCCUGCCACACCAAGGAGUACCCCCAUGUCUGUGAGGCCUGUGGCAAGGGCUUCCACCGGCCCUCGGAGCUCAAGAAGCACGAGGCCACCCAUAAAGCGUCACCCGGGGCGCCGGGAGCGGCCCCCGCAGCCAAGAAGCUCCAUCAGUGCCGCCACUGCAGCUUCAAGAUCGCAGACCCCUUCGUCCUGAGCCGCCACAUCCUCUCGGUCCACACCAAGGAGUCUGCAGGAAGCGGCCAGGGCCUUGCUGUUGAUGUUGACGGGCAGUCGUCUCCCACAUCCAUGGAGCAGCCAUCCCCACCGCUGUUGUCCCCGGCGUCAGAGGCAUCACCGCCCAAAGCGAGCAGCAACAAGAAGUCGCCGUCCUCUGUGAAGAAGUCUGGCAGCGGGAGCAGCGGUGGUGGGGCCAACAAGGCGCGGGUGGUGGUGGCGCAGCCGCCUCGUGAGCGCCGUGUCUACCAGUGCCAGUACUGCGACUACAGCACCGGAGACGCAUCCGGUUUCAAGAGGCACGUCAUCUCCAUCCACACCAAGGACUACCCACACCGCUGUGAGUACUGUUCCAAAGGGUUCCGCAGGCCCUCUGAGAAGAACCAGCACAUUGCCCGCCACCAUAAGGAUGUGAUUCAGCCCAGUAGUUAAGGACCCAGACUCGGAACGCUCCUUUAGAACUCUAGAAUGAUCAGAAGAAAGAGAACGCUCCAGUAGAACUGUAAAAUGGUCUGAAAAGGGAGGGAGGCCUCACAGAACCUGAAGGAACAUUCUGGAAGAUUUCAUGCAGAUGUCCGUUAGCUGCAACUUUUCUAGAUCAUGUACUCUUGUAUCACACGGUCAUGACCCUUUGACAAGGGUUCUGGGCCGAUUUCCUGUCAGGGUAAAAGGAGUUUAAACACCUGUCGAACAAGUGGUGAUGAAAUCUCAGCCAUUGGGCAGAGCAGGAAUGACACUCGCUGUGGCAAGUCAGGGGGUUGCGGUUGGGGUUAAAUUUAAGGGAGAAUAUGUUGUCUAAGUUCUUUAUGUAAAAGUUUAUUUAGCUUGAAUUUAGAAAUGUCAACAUCAACUAGGGCUGGGUAUUGGUCUAUUUUUCUAUACCAGCGCUGAUGAGGUACCUGACAUAUAGCUGGUUAUGAUGAGCUAUGAAACAAACAAAAAAAUCUGCACAAAAAGCUUUAAGUCCUCAGAGAUUUUUUGGUUUUAUUUUAUUUUAUCUGCCAUCGCUAAAAAGUACUAAUGAGACGAAAGCUCUUUGUGUGGAUUUUUUUCAGUAGUUUUUGGACUACUGAACCCUGCACCCAGUACAUUGACUCCUCCCCUAACGUCCAUUUGGGGACACAGCAGCCCUCAGUUCCACCUUUCCUCGCAUGUGUGCCACACCCAGACGAACACCUAGACUGGGUGGCAGAGUUACAGGAAAGCUACAGCAGGCGCGUAACUGAAGCAUUCCGUUAGCGUUGCGUCUGCUGCAACAAUUAGCUUCCACUAUAAUUAAUGGACGUAGCUACACCAGACGUGAUGGCGGCAUGUACGUAAAAAAAAUAAAAAAAAUUGCUUUUACAUGUCGCAAAUGGAGCGCUUCAGUUACGCAUCCGGUUUAGCUUACCUGUUAGAUCUCUGACCAAACGCCUGCUGAGGGCCUGUCCGCUACAGCUGUGCAGUCAGACAGAGAAGCUUUCAGCUCUCAAGCCUACAGAGCCCGAUUCCGUCAGUCACAGUCAGUGGACAAGGAAGGUCAAGACUCUCUGACCGCCAUAGCCUACUCUAUAUCUAGACCGUUAUAGUGUAACGGAUGCCAGCUAGCAUAACCUCAAUCCCCGAUGCCUCAAGAGCAGUGCUGGCAUGAAAGCUUAUAGCCUGGGCUUUUAGCUCAAUUGUCAGCACGCUCGACUCCCGAUCCGAGAUGCUGCUGUUUUGCAGGUUCGAGUCCAGGCGUGUGCAGGGCUGAAUCGCGAGGCUACUCUAUAAUCUGUAAAGCUAAUUUCAGCCUAGAAGUCAAAGCCGUUCUCCACCAACUUCCAUUUAGCUGUCACACCAGUUCUAGAUCAAAUUCAGUUUAGAUGUCAGAGCCGUUCUAGACCUUCUCCAGUUUAGCUGUCAGGGCCAUUCUAGACUUCAGUUUAGCAGUCUUAGGAGUGUGCUCGGCUUGGAUGGUGGUGAGCUGAAAGGAAGUAUCUGUUGGAUUCUGUGGGAUUCGAGUUGUGUUGAACGCACAUUUGCAAUGGCACUCUUCCGUUGUCUUGCAUUGUAUUUGAUAAAUCGCCACUUGAGGUGCAAUAUCAUAAGAGAGGUCAGACCUGGCUGGUUAGCAUGCUAACUUUAGGGCAAUUCCAUGGAAAAUUAUGUUUUUUGUAACAUCCAUAACGCCAAUAAAAUGUGAUUGCAUGGUAUGAUGUGAAUGAUUACAUAAAAUUUGAGCAUUUGCUAUUU